CCGCCUCCGGGGGGAGGGAGCUGCGAGGGCCAGGGCGGCGGCCCGCAACGGGGAGGCAGCCGCGCAAGGUGGACAGGCGGGCGAGGACAGCUCCGCGCGCCCCCCACAACUCGUUUUCUUCCCUUCCCUUCACCUUGGCAGGGCGGAGGCGCGAUGGACCUGACCGGGCUCCUGCUGGACGAAGAAGGCACCUUCUCCCUCGCCGGCUUCCAGGACUUCACGUUCCUCCCAGGACACCAGAAGCUGAGUGCCCGGAUCCGAAGGAGGCUCUACUAUGGCUGGGACUGGGAAGCCAACUGUAGCCUGGAGGAGCUCUCCAGCCCGGUGGCAGACAUUGCUGUGGAACUGCUCCAAAAGGCAGCCCCCAGCCCUAUUCGCCGACUCCAGAAGAAAUACGUAGCUCAUGUGUCCCGGGAGGCGUGUAUCUCCCCAUGUGCUAUGAUGCUGGCUCUGGUGUACAUUGAAAGGCUCCGGCACCGAAACCCAGACUACUUGCAGCACGUGUCAUCCUCUGACUUGUUCUUGAUCUCAAUGGUAAGAUACCCCCUCCCCAUCUCCCUAGUGAGCCAGGAGCCUGCUAUGAGCUCUGCUCUAUCACUUCUGGUUCCUCCGCAGAUGGUGGCCAGUAAGUACCUCUAUGAUGAAGGGGAGGAGGAGGAGGUCUUCAAUGAUGAAUGGGGAGCUGCUGGGGGUGUGGCCGUGCCCACUCUCAAUGCCUUGGAGAGGGGCUUCCUGAGUGCCAUGGAUUGGCGUCUCUACACUGACCCUCGAGAGAUCUUUGAGGUGCUGAGCUGGCUGGAGAGCUGUGUGGCUGAGCAGCAGGGACGGCGGCGAGGCUGGUACACCUACACAGACCUGUGUGUGCUGCUGGAGCAGCCAACCUGGCAGUUCGCCCUGGGCUCCCUCUGCCAGCGGCUGGUAAAGCUGUCCUGCCUGUUAGCUGUGGCAUAUGUGAGCAGUGUGGCCCUGGCUGUGGCAUCAGUGGCCGUAAUACAUCAGUCUUUGGGGCUGUCCUGCAGCCCUGAACCUGGGCCACCUGACCUUGGACUGACCUCCCGGUGCCUCCUGGAGCCCUGCAUACCUUCUGUGCCACGAUGCCUGCCAUCUGCUGCUAAUGUCUCCAGCUACCUAGAAGGCAGCACAGGGCUGCAGUCACUCUGGGGCAGUCUUCUGGCCUCGCUGACUCCUCCACCAUUGCCUCCCCCAGAACCCCCUGCCCCUCCUACUCUUCUUCAUAACUGCCCCCUUUGCCAGAAGCUCCAGAGAGACUCCCCAACCUGCCGUGCCUGCCACCACCGCAACCGUACAGUCCCUGCUGGGCAGCCCAGCCCCUGGUACCAUACCUAUGGCCUGGCUCCUCCCUGGCCCUGGAGUCCAGUGCCCCCUUCGCUUCCCCAGCCCCAGCAAUGUUCCCUUUUCAGCGUCAUGGAGCUGGCUCGCCUCAAGUCUUUCAUUUUCCCAGGCUAGGUUGGGCUCCGAGGAAUGCAUUAAGAGGGUGUGGGAGUUCUGAGAACCUGGAGGAGCAAAGCUUGAUUUAGAUCCUCUCUGGGUCCUUGGCAGAUCCCCUGUCCUCCUGGGUGGGAGCUUAUGGGAUGGUGGGGCAGAAGGACUAAAGGUCAUUCACUCCUAGACCUCAGCGGCUGUCUGGCUGCUUGGCCAGGACCAUGAUGGCACCAGGGAGAGCUUCCACUUGGUAACCAGGGACAUGUCCCAGAUGGACAUAGUAGAAGCCCUUCUCUGCCUCCCUGGGCUUUUCUAGACGUUUACUUUUUAGUUCCUUAGGAUGGAAGGGUAAAGGUGGGAGAUAAGGGAAGUGGGGUGAGAGGAGGAAGGAAAUGUUGACGGGCCUGUGUGAUGUUCCUGAGGCAGAAGAGCCAGGGACUGAUGGGGUCAGGUGGGAGCUGCUGGGUGAGGCAGGGAACCCUUUUCACUCCCGUUCCUUAGCUUUAGUCUAGUGGAGCGAAGGACUGCUGGGACCUUCAACCCUGACCUUUUGUCUUCCAGUGUUCUCUUAGUGUCCUGCUCCUAGGCUUCCUUCUCUUCUGGUUUCUCUCCCGGGUGUUCUCUUCCCAGGCCUCUCUGGCCACUGCUUUGUAUCAGGGUUUUUCACGCUUUUGUAGAACUGAGGUUUCAAUAAACAGUUUCGGUUGCA